AUGGCCCCCAAUACGCGACGAAUGCCGCUAAUUAUUCUUCUCCUCGCACUUUUUGCAACUACCGUUGUCGCUCAACAACCUGCUAUCCACAAUGUGUCGGGCAUUUCUCUCGAUAGUAGCCCUAGUUGCUCUCUACCAUGCUUCACGAUAGGACUGAACCAGACAGACUGCGCAGCGAACGACCAGAAAUGUCUGUGCGGGAAUCAAGGGUACAUAAAAUUUGUUGAGGGGUGCCUUCUAAUGAGCUGCCCGCUCAAACACGCAUUGGAUACACAAAACAUCACCUGGGCAGCAUGCGACUUCCCUUAUACCGAAAAUGAUCCUACAAGGAAGGUUACUCGAAUCGUAUUGUUUGUCAUACUACCAUCUUUGUCAAUCAUACUUCGGUUUAUCACGAAAUUCGCAGGGAUAUCGACAUGGGGACUCGACGAUUAUUCCAUUCUCCUAGCAUAUUUUCUUCUGACAGCAUACGUUUCUCUACACUUUUUCCUAGAGGAUAACGGCGCUGGGCAAGACCUUUGGAGUCUCACGGAUCACCAAAUCAAUAAUUUCUUCAAGGGCUUCUAUGCACUACAGACUUUAUAUCACUCUUGCAUCGAUGUGAUCAAGGCCUCCAUCCUUUUCAUGUAUCUCCGUAUCUUCCAUCUUCCAGAUGAAAAGGUCCGUGUCGUUCUAUGGGCCACACAAGUUGUCAAUCUCUUGUGUGGGCUUAUAUACAUCUUCAUCGGUCUCUUUCAAUGUCAACCAAUACAUCUGGCCUGGACGUUCUGGACCGGGGAGACGAUGGGAAAGUGCAUGGAUAUCACCAAGUUGGGCCUGUCACACGCAGGCAUCAACAUCGGCUUGGAUGUAUGGAUGCUCAUCCUCGCCGGCACUCAAGUAUGGGGUAUGAACUUGGCACUCCGCAAGAAGCUAGCAAUCAUGGCCAUGUUCAGCCUCGGCCUUUUUCUCACCAUUGUGAGCAUCAUUCGCAUCACAGCUAUUUUCGAGUUUAAAAAGUCGCCAAUGAACCCCACUGUUGCCAUGAUGCCGAGUGUUGUAUGGACAGACAUCGAGUUGUACGUGGGUAUUUUUACGGCGUGCAUACCCAAUCUACGCCAAUUUUUCAAUGCAUUCAUCCUCCGGAAAACAGAAAAGCGGAAGCGUCUUAAUUCUGCGGUAUCAGGUGAUAAGGACUUACCUUUCACCCCAAGAAGAGCGACCAUCACCCAGCAAUUGAGCGAAAUCGAUAACAUGGAAGAUGACCGAGAACAGCCGCCUAAGGCACUCUUUGGAGCUCAUCAUGUAUAG